GUCCAUGUCUAUGGUUCCCAGCAGUUCAUAGAGUAACAGUAGUUGUUAAAGUUGAUUGUUUGUGGAUAGUUCGUUACUUUUGUGUUUUUUGUAAAUGAUAUGUUAAAAAGUAGAAAGUCAUGUCAGUGUUCACUGCUGCUGCAAGUACUGGUGUGUGUGUAUUUUGUAAACGAGACGACGAUGACAUAGCGAAAUAUGGUGGAAUCAAAUGUACCAAAAAUAUCAAAGCCCAUUACUUUUGCCUGCUACUGAGUACCAAUAUAAAGCAAAGUGGUAGGGACAAUUCAGGAAUUUUAGGAUUUCUACACACUGACAUUCGAGAAGAAUUAGAAAGAACUGAAAAUAUUAACUGUUGCUAUUGCAAAAAGCCAAAUGCCACUGUCUACUGCUCAGGAAUUCGAUGCAGGAAAGUUUUUCAUUUACCAUGUGGGAUGGAAAAUCAUUCCUCUCAUUCGUUUUUAUACAAUUUUAAGUCCUUUUGCCACUACCACAGACAUGUACAGAAGAUUGCAAAUCCUCUUAAAAGAAGCCUGACUGAAUUGUCUUGUCUAAUAUGCUGUGAACAAUUUAAAAGGGAUGAUUUUAACGAUAUUUUUUGGCCGAGUUGCUGUCAACCUCAAGGGUUACUUCAUCGAAUUUGUGUACAGCGCUACACAAUGUCAGCCGGCUAUUACACCAAGUGUCCCACAUGUAACAACGCAGGCAAAUUUAUCAGUUGUUGCAAAGAAUUUGGAGUCUUUGUUCCAGAGCAAGAUGCCUCUUGGGAAAGAGAACCCGAUGCAUAUGCUGAACUAUACGAUACAAUCGUGUACGAUUGUUCUUUUGAAAUUUGCAUUUGCCCUCAGGGACGUAAGUUCAAUAAUCCACAUACCAGAUGGCGAAUAAUUAACUGCUGCUCUUGUGGAGCAUUCGGGGCUCAUUUUGCUUGUGUAAAUACCAGCACUUUUACUUGUAAAGAUUGCAAGGCUGUCUGUAAAAAGUUUGGAUAUUCUGAAACUCCGCGAUCUGAUUCAGAAUCGCACAGUAGCGACGAAGGUUCUCAACUAUUUGAAAACAGUUCCUAUGAAGAGUUUGUCAUAGGUCUUCGCAGAGCAAACCCUGUUAAUGAUUUAAAUCGCUUACCUUUACCGCAAAAUGUUAGUUCUGAUUUACCAACAACUUCUCAAGAUAAAGAUGAAGAUGAUGGUGAGCCAAACGAAUGCGGUAAUCGUUUAAACAAAAAUUCUUUUGGUGAAUUUCUAGAGAAUAGAGGUGCUUGUGCAAAUAUAAAUGUGGAUAAUCCGGGUGCUUGUUCACGUACUUCGUCUGCUGAGAGCGUCGUAGUAGACUUCAAUGGACUUGCAAUAGAACGAGUUCUUGCCUCCACCGACUCUAAGGAAACUGUUAAAUUAACUGCGGAAAAAUGUACUUCUACAAAUUGUGAUGAGAAAGGAGAAGAUACUUCGCUAAAUGAGGCAUCAGCUUGGGCAUCUGUUGAAGAAAAUAACAACGCAUCACGUACAACUAAUGAAGAGUCUGCAAAUAAUGGUUCUUCAAGGAAAAGGGAGGUUGACAAUGCCGACCCACCAUCCAAAAAGAUACAUAAAUCCAAUUGUUAAAUUGAAAUAUGACUGUGAAUUUUAUAGUAUCAUAGUAUAUGGUAUUACAUAGUAUCCGUCUUUAAAAAUAGGCAUUAAUAGACUGAUGUAACGUGAAGGAAUUGUUAAAAGAAGUUGUGAAUAAUUUUCUUAAUUUAUGUUUAUAUAUUUAUGGUAAAGUAAAGUCUCUGUUGCAAUAAUGUUUAAAUAAUGUGUAGAAAUAUGUGUAUAUUUGAAACCACUGACAAUCGGUUUUAAAAUCUCAAGGAUACCAAAAAGUUGAUUCGAACUAUUAAAUUAACACGCAAAAUAACAAAUUUGUUAUGUUUGUUUUUUGUCGAAAUAAUUAUAAAUACUCUUAUCAUUUUAAAUUUAAGAUGGAUACUGUAUUUUAUUAUUGAACUGAAACAAAUCUUUUACUAUAGGAUACAAAUGUACGCAGCUUUAAUAAUCAGAAAAAAGUUUUUAGUUUCUUUUUAUAAAUGCAGUUUUUUUUAGUUCUUUUUACUAAUUAUGGACAAAGUUGCGUAUAUUUUAUAUUUUUUUAUUUAUUUUCGAAAAGUGAUUAACGAAAGUAUCGUUAAAAAGCUAUAGUUUUUAUAGCAGCAAACGAUUACUAAAGAAAAUAGUUUUUAUAAAUUGCAUUUACAAAAGAACUAUUUUUAGCAGAAAGUGUUUAUUCUCAAAAAUGUGAUU